AUGUCCGCCCCUGCAGGUCCCCCUGGAGGUCCGCCCGGAUCUGGUGGCCCGCGUGCCUUGACAUCCAUCGAGCGCAGGAAAGCAGUUAACGCCCUGCGAGACCGGCUCCGACCCAACGUCACCGACCGCUCUUUGCUGGAGAGAUACCUCGAGACCACAAAUUGGGAUUCUGAUGCCGCCUAUAACUUGUGGCAAGCUGAUAGGGCCAGGAUGCUUGCGGGUGAUGACCCACAAGGUUCAGACUCCAGCAGCGAAGAUUCUGAAGACGAUAGCUCAAGCGACAUAAGUCCCCCCGCCAGUAAUGCUGCUGCUGCUGGCUCUUCAGCUCCUCCUCCUCCUCCUAAAGCCGCACCUGCUGCUGCUGCUGCUGCUGCUGCUGCUUCUCCCGGUUCUCAUGCUUCUGAUGCUUCGGCGACAAGUGACAAUUCCAACAAAAAGAGAACAUUUAAGGCUAUGCGCGAAAGCCAGAUCGGCCCCCGUUUCAACAGCAACUUGGAACAAGAGCGUCGGGACGCCGCCCUGGCACUUCGUCUGCAGUUUGAAUCCGAGGUAGACGACGGAACCACUCUGAGUCCUUCAGAAGCAAUCCUCCUUCUCCACGUCAAUCUGUGGGAUCUUGGCGAGGCGAUCGACAGCUUCACAGCGUUGGACGAUAUUCGCCUUAGACUGAGUGACUAUGACCGGAUGCGCACGCAUCUGCCGUCAGAAGUUGACCCUGAAGAGGUCGACAUCACAAGAGAACAAGAUGAACGGCUGGCCGAGUUCAUGAACAUCACGGGGAGACCUGAUUGGUGGUCCCUUCGUGUGCUGUUGCAGGAGCAGAACUGGAAUUUGAUCGAGGCCAUUUCCUUUUGGUUUUUGCGUGGAGUACCUCCAGUUCACCCGUCAAAGAAGGAGGUCAAAAGAUCCACCAAGGCAGACCCCAAGGGAAAUAAAAUCAGCUUCGGCAUCCGUGUUGGCGUCAACGAGAUGUCGUUGAAAUGGCCCAAGCCCGAACAAUGUGAAGCUCCAGCAGCAAUCUUCAUGGACGACAAGUGGGGUGUAGAGCCAGAUCAGUAUACGCCAGAAGAAGUCUCCGACACGCAGGAGGACGAGGAGAAGAAGGGGAAGGGCAAAGGCAAAGGCAAAAAGGCCAAGAAGCCCAGAAAGGGCAACAAGCCCAAUAGUGCUGAAGGCUUCCUCAUCAGCGUCGAUGGUGAUCCUGUCGAAAGAGCGUACAAGGGUUGUCCGAAUCCGGCUAAAUUCCUCGUCGAGCACAUCUCCAAGGGUAAGUAUACCUUCAAGCGCUUCAGACAAUUGGGAAAGUUCCAAUGGCCAGACCUUGAAAAACCAAAGGCGACACGGUCUCAGUCGGGUCGCGUAGAUUUUGACUGGAACAACUCGUCCCAUAUCCAGCUGCUGAACAAUUGGCGUCGACAGGCAGUUGGUAGAACAACCAAAGCCUCCAAGCAGGAUCCCGGUCAACCAUGGUCCAAGGAGGAGGACGAUUAUCUGAUCAAGUUGUCCGAGGACCUCGCCAACGAGAAGAAGAAAAAGUCUACCAAAGCGUCCAAAGAGACGAGAUUGAUAGUCUCUACCGAGAAGAAGGAGGAGUGGGCAGAGAAGUUCAACAAGAAAUUCACUGGCACGGUUCAGGCAGGGUCGACAGAACCACGCGUUGACCGGACAAUAGCGGCGCUGAUGCAACGCAGAUGCCGCAUCAAGGAGCUUGUCGACCGCUUCAAGGUCAAAGCAGACAAGAAGUGGUUUGCGAAAAUAGAGCUGAAGGCCGACAAGACGCGCAAGCGCUCCGACGUGUCUGAUGACGAAGACGCAGGCCCAUCCAAAAAGACCAAAGCCGACAAGAAGCGCAAGCGCUCCGACGUAUCUGACGAAGAAGACGCAGGCCCAUCCAAAAAGACCAAAGCUGUCGCUGAUGGCGCGGAAGACGCCGAGGACAAAGAAGAGUCAGAUGGCGGCGAGGAGGUUCCCAUGGAAAUUUCUUCGGGCGAGGACGCCGAAGAAUCAGAUGACGAUGGGCAAGAUGCUCCUAUGGAUCUAUCAGACUGA